CUAAAAGCAAAAUCCCUCUCCCUAAUCCUUUCCCGCUUCUCUCUCCAAUUAAUCGCUCCCUCCCUCAUUUACUACCUUCUUGAACGGUUAUUGGCCUACAACACAAUCCUCCUCAAUCGUACGAUGUAUCUGCCCAGUCAUGGACAUAAAAUCAGCGCAAUCAGCUCGUGGCAUCAGCAAUUUUCCCUCACCGGAGAAUCCUUCUGAAUCGUCCUCAAUCUGAAUCCUUCCGUUUUUCCUUUGAAUUGAAUCCUUCCGUUUUUCCUCCUAAUUGAUUAUGAUUAUUGAUAUUUUUCCUUACCAUCUAUGACUCCCAAAAUUUUCCUAUUUAAAUACACUCACAGUGGUGCUUUUUCACACACCAUUCAUCCUUCAUACUUCACUCCAGAUGGUUAUUCACUGCGUCUAAUUAUCAUUAUUGCUGCUGAAAGAAGAAGGGUCGUCACUUGCUGCCUUUCUCACAUAUCCUCGCACAACAAUUCUAGGACUUCAACUGACCUCACUAAGGUUAUCAUUAUGUUUUUUAAUUGAACAUCACAAAGCUUAGUUCUUUGGUUUUCUUUCUUGAUUUGUUUCAUUCCUGCAUUAUACUUUGAAGUCUUGACAUUGAAUUUGAAUCAACACUUUGUUUGGAAUGUGUUUGUUAAAUUUCUUCAAUGAAAUAUCUCUUGCUAAACUUCUAAAUCUCUCGAAGCCGAUUCCUAUAGAGAAUGAAAUAGUGUGUAUAAUUCUAUAUGUGCCUGUACAUCAUUUACAGACUUACAGUUGUAUCAUACAAAAAGGAAAGUAACAGCAAGUCCCAAGUAUAUGGCACUAUCCAGCACUAUGACACUAUCACUACUACUCAUAUUAUCCCAGGAAAUAAGGUUUGAACAUUGAAAAAAUAACAGACUAUUCUAUCAGAAGUAAUAUAUCAGGUUGUUAGUUCCCUUAAGUUGUGUAUACUUUUUGUAGCUUGAAAAAUGGAAAAUAUUACGUAGUAUAUAAGAGUUCACGUUACUUUAACAAAAUUUCAUAUAAAGCAAUUUCACUAUGGCACUAUAAAAUUUUGAAAAAUGGAAAAUAUUACGUAGUAUAUUACUCCGUAGUUGUGUAUAAUAGUGGAAUAUAUAAUAGACUAUUAUACAGUUUAUAUAGUAGACUUCCCCUCUGAUUAAUAGAGAAAACUGGUUGAAUUGCAUGCCAAUACUUUUGUGUGUUUCUCAGUCAAAACUUUUACAUCGUUUUUACUUUCUUUUAUUCGUAUCUUUUAUUCAUUUAAUUUAAAUCUCAACUUUUUUGCAUGUUUCUUAGUCAAAAUAUUAACAUUUUUUUUACUUUGUUUUAUUCCUUCCAUUUAAAUGUUGUCCCAUUAGUAUUCAUCAUAAACCUAUAAUUUCAUUUUCAUUCAAUAUUGAAGAUGGAUUUUAUAAUUAAUUCGCUAGAUUAAGCAUGACAAUUGUUUAUAACCUAUAGAAGCAUAUAGGUUGUAAAAUUCGUAAUAUCGUCUUUAUAGCUUUUAGCUUACUCAACUGUUUCUGAAACCAUCCAACACUGGGGGUCUAGAGAAGAAAAACUCACUCAUUUCCUUAAUGAGAGGGAGUAUACAAGAUGGUGGAUGCUUUGUAGGUGGUGGGAAGGAAGGGAUGUUUAUGGACACAGGGUUCCUAGAAUCUUAGAGAAAUGUCAAGUAACUCCUAUGAUAAUCUUAUUUUGUUAUUUCUUUACACCUUACCCUUUUUAUGCUUAGUUAUCAAAUCGACUGAUGCAUAAAUGUUUGGUCUAAUUCAAGGCUGUUGUGAUAUGUUAUACUGAUAGGGACCCACCUAUUGACUAUUAAAUAGACUAGUAGCUAUUAGAUUGGGCCUAAUGGACUGUUAAGAAUUGGGCCUAAUAAACCAAGAAUAAUAAUAAGUGUAAUAGUUAGUAUAAAUAGACUAGACUGGGGAGUAGUCAGGUAGGCGGUUUUAGACUUUGUCAUUUGGGACUUGGGAAGAUCGAGAGCUAUUCUCUUUCUUUUGGGGGGCUUCGGCUCAUUGGGAGGCUUCAGCCUAGGUUACCGAUACUGUACAUUUCAUUCUUGAUUCAAUAAAGUGUUCUUCUGUUCUUAUUAAUCUUUCGGUAAUUGUUCUGGAGUUCUGGAGGUACCUAUCAAUUGGUAUCAGAGACUGUUACUUCCUGGAGACGAAGAAUCUGAACCAUGGAGGAGGACUACUACAUGACACCGCAGAUGGAAAAGAGCUUUGAUAAUAUUGAUCGAAUUAUGAGGGAAACACAAGCGAGUAUGGUUGCGUCGGGAGAAAAGCUGAAGAAGAUGGUGAUCGAUAUGCAAGAAGCGAUGCUAACUAGCGUGGCAGAAUUGCAGAACCGACUUCAACAUCGUUCGCGACAUACAUCGCACCAUAUACAUCGACAUACCUCUUCUCGCUCGUCGCAGAAGGAGUCACAGAUGAAAUUGAGGAAUUCGUAUCACCAUCCUCAGCAGCGAACAGAAUCAUCAUCAUCAUCGCACACAUCGUACCGGUCUCACCAUCACCAUUCGCCUAGCCCCCAUCAAUCGCGGCAUUCAGCGAGUUCAGAGGAGUUGGAAGAUCGGAGGUGCCGCAGAAAAACGGAAGAACGAUUCCGUAAGAAUAGGUCUCUUCCGCUAACUGACAAACAAGGUUCUUCGCAUAGCUCUUCUCAUCAUACUUCACAUCAUCAUUCGCGAAGGUCAUCUAACCCAAAGAAAUCAGAAGAGAAUUUUGACUACUCUCCUACGCAUAGCAACUCUCAUCAUCGACACUCAGAUAGUUCAGAGAGAUCGGAGGAGCAUAAGCUUCGCAGAGGGAGUGGAGAACGAUCGAGGAAGUCUAGGCCCCUUCGAGUAUUUGACACACUAAAGUCGUCGCAGUCUCUUAACCAUCGGAAGACUGAGUCGCGAACUUCGACUCACAGAUUACAGCGAUUAGAAACAGAUGGUCUGUAUACGCGCACAUCCCUAUCCUCGAUCAACUUGCCUAAGGAGGCAUCACGAUCAGAAAAAGAAUCUUCGGAUUCGCCAGUUGGGUCACAAGCUAUUUCUGAACCUGCGCGAGGUUUUUUUCAGUCAAUAAAGGAGAUUGAGGUGGAGACAAAUAAAUAUGUAUUCCAGAAAAUGAAUGACAAGGAAGAAAUCGAAGAGAAAAGACAGGUUGCGAACAAGGUGGAUUUAAAUUCCCUGGAACAAAAGAGGAAUGUUAUGAGUGGAGGAAGACUGGUUAUGGAUGAUAAAGAGGCUGAUACAGCAGUGUACAAUCAAGAAUUGACUUUUGAGAUGUACUCUUCUAGUAUGUUUAAAACAAUCUUUAAAACCCAGGUUGAAGAGGGACUUCCAGCUCCGUAUAAUUUGAAGGAUCAUCAAGAAUAUGCUCCAGUUGUUUCUUCUGCUAUUGUACAUCUGAGUGGGAAGGGACCAAUUAGUUGUGAUUCACCUGACAACUUAGGGGUGGAUUAUGUGACAGGAGUGCUCAGAACUACAAGUUAUAUCAAUGAGAAAACGGCAGGGAGUUAUGUGGAACAAGAUAUUGAAACUAAGGAACUGGUGAAAGUGAAACAAGGCUUGAAAAUAGCAAUGUUUUCUUCCGGGGAAGAAUCUGCUUACCUGCUAGGACGCCAAUUUUGGAAGCCUUACUUGGGAAAUAAUCCUUCAUGUUCCUUGGUUAGGAGAAAUGCAACUGGAAUAAGGGGUAUCCUUACUUACCUGCCAAAACCUUUAAGGUUUUCUUUCUCAAAUAAGGUAGGCAAGGAUGAAAAAGGGGGAGAGGUUGAAAGCUGCAUAAAGGAGUUUCCAUUUAGUACAGUAUUAGUUUCAGAACAUGGGAAGCAUGAGGGGCUGCAAAAAGGUGAAGAAAUAUUUUUUGAUAUGGAGUGCGGGAAGGUGACUGAACAGAAGGAAACUGCACUACAAAAUUAUUCUGCUGUGGGAAGUUCUGUGAUAAUAAAUCUUGUACUGAAUUCACUAAUCCAUCAACCAGUCAAGUACUGGGAAGGAAGAGGCGCAAAGAAGAAGAGGAAGCUGAAGAUCAUAGCGGUUUCCUAUCGCCCACCUUGAGGACAAGGUGGUUGUUUAGGGUGGGAGUAUUGAUAGGGACCCACCUAUUGACUAUUAAAUAGACUAGUAGCUAUUAGAUUGGGCCUAAUGGACUGUUAAGAAUUGGGCCUAAUAAACCAAGAAUAAUAAUAAGUGUAAUAGUUAGUAUAAAUAGACUAGACUGGGGAGUAGUCAGGUAGGCGGUUUUAGACUUUGUCAUUUGGGACUUGGGAAGAUCGAGAGCUAUUCUCUUUCUUUUGGGGGGCUUCGGCUCAUUGGGAGGCUUCAGCCUAGGUUACCGAUACUGUACAUUUCAUUCUUGAUUCAAUAAAGUGUUCUUCUGUUCUUAUUAAUCUUUCGGUAAUUGUUCUGGAGUUCUGGAGGUACCUAUCAUAUACAUAUUUUUGCCACAAAAAUCUAUUGCUGCAUCAUACUGUACUUCAAUCUAUAAGACAUAAACUGUAAUGUGAACAGAAAAGAAGUAAACAUGAUCUCCACUAUGCUUAUCAGAUACAAAUACCAUUCUCUAUGCCAUAUUUCCAAAUGCUUAUCACAUCACUCAACUGCACUUGUUUCCUAUCUUCAAUGUUUCUUAUUUACUUCACUAUUGGUUCUUAUUUUCCAAGUUUCUCAAUUGAUUUAUUAGUUGCUCUUAGUCUGCUAGGAGAUACUGUAGAGUUGAUGGAGGGUGAUUCCUUUUAUCUAGACAGCCUAGACUACAUAUUUCCACUUUACAGCAAGGGAAGGAUCUGGGUUAACACCUUAACGGGAAGUCUUUCUCCUUUUAGAGAUUGGGAGAAGAAAGUGAAACAGUCCCUAAGCUCAUUUGGCAGAGGAAGGAUAAGGGAAGGAGUAAAGGUGUUGGCGAACAAAGGCAGGCACUUGUUUGUUAAGGCCUUCGGUAAUGAAGGAAAAUGCCCCAAAAGUGCGACAGCUUUGCAGUAGAGCAUGACAACAUGUGGUUCACCUGAGAAAAAUCAAACCAACCAGUGUGUGGAAGAGGUUUUAAAUGGAAUAGGUUCUACUGACUGUUCUGCUGCCAAAUAACUUAAACACCCUAAUUGAUCUCAUACACUUCCACUGUAACAAAAAAAAGUAAAACAUAGUUGUAUUAUUAGAGCUAUGACUACGUAGAAAG